AUCUUGGAAUGAUUUCCUCAAAAACCUUCAUUUCUUUCCAACUGAACAGAUAUGAACAUCUUGGAUGACAUGGAGGUGAGUAAAUUAUCAGGAAAUUUUAAUUCUAAAGUGAACUAAUCCUUUUAACAAGACACACAAUGCUGGUUGACCACACUAAUCCUCAAAUAUAAGCAGAUUUUUAUCUUUUAAAAACAUUGCUGUAACUACAUACACGAUACAUUCACAUGUCGGUGUAUUAUAUAAAUAUUGUAAAUCAGUGCUUUUCAAAUUACCAAAAAUCACAGUUCUAUCUCUAUAGGAAUAUCUAUUUGAAUUGCCAUUAAAGCACUUCCUGGAACUAAAGUCUACAGAUGAUUGAGAUGACAGAGGUGAUUCACCUGAGAUGGUUAUCAAAGUACAAAGUUCAGUCCAUUGGUCUAUGCUGGCAUUUUAUGAAACGGAAAACAUCUUGACACUAUUAUCAAAGUGUUGAGUUUCUUUCAUUUAGAUUUUAGAUUGAUGAACCAUCAUGGAGGUCAGCAUUAUGAAGACCUGUCCACGGAUACAUUUCCACACAAACUGGACCAGCCAGAAUUCAGCUGUGUGUCCAUGAAGAGUGACAGGUCAAUGGAUCCUCCACUUAAUCUUAGUGGACAGGCUGAUCCUGGGUUUAGACUGGACCAGCCAGAAUCCAGCUGUGUGUCCAUGAAGAGUGACUGGUCAAUGGAUCCUCCACUUAAUCUUAGUGGACAGGCUUAUCCUGGGUUUAGACUGGACCAGCCAGAAUCCAGCUGUAAAUCCAUGAAGAGUGACUGCUCAACGGAUACUCAACGUAACUUUUGUGGACACACUAAAUUUGGAUUUAGCAGUGACCCUCAACAUGCUGAAGCUCUCAAGACAUUUAGAUCAAAUCUGCUGAAGAAGUUUCAGUGUCUGUGUGAGGGAACAGCAAAGCAGGGAAACCCAACACUCCUGAACGAGAUCUACACAGAGCUCUACAUCACAGAGAGUGAAAGUGGAGAGAUCAAUAAUGAGCAUGAGGUGAGACAGAUUGAGACACAAUCCAGGAGAACAGCUAAAGAGGACACACCAAUCAAAUGCAAUGACAUCUUUAGACCUUUACCUGGACAAGACAAACCCAUCAGAACUGUGCUGACAAAGGGAGUCGCUGGCAUUGGAAAAACAGUCUCUGUGCAGAAGUUCAUCCUGGACUGGGCUGAAGGGAAAGAGAAUCAGGACAUCCAGCUCAUAUUUCCACUUCCUUUCAGAGAGCUCAACUUGAUGAAGGACAAAACACUCAGUCUUUCAGAGCUUCUUCAUGUCUUUUUCCCUGAAACAAAAGAAAUGGAAAUAUCCAGUGAAGAAUAUAAAGUGUUGUUCAUCUUUGACGGUCUGGACGAGUGUCGUCUGUCUCUGAAUUUUAAUGUGAAACUGUGUAAUAUAUCUGAAUCAGCCUCAGUGGAUGUGCUGCUGAUGAACAUCGUUAAGGGGAAUCUGCUUCCCUCUGCUCUCAUCUGGAUCACCUCCAGACCAGCAGCAGCUGAUCUCGUCCCCUCUGAGUGUGUCCAUCGAGUGACAGAGGUACGAGGCUUUAGUGACCCACAGAAGGAGGAAUACUUCAGGAAGAGAAUCAGUGAUCAGAGUCUGGCCGACAGGAUCAUCUCACACCUGAAGUCAUCAAGGAGCCUCCACAUCAUGUGCCACAUCCCAGUGUUCUGCUGGAUCUCAGCAACUGUUCUAGAGAAGAUGAUGAGUGAAGCAAAGAGAGGAGAGAUUCCCAAGACACUCACUCAAAUGUACACACACUUCCUGAUCAUUCAGACCAACAUCAAACAUGAGAAGGACUAUGAGAAGAAAGUUAAAGAUAAAGACAUGAUUCUCAAACUGGGGAAACUGGCAUUCCAGCAGCUUGUGAAAGGAAACCUGAUCUUCUAUGAGGAAGACCUGAGAGAGUGUGGCAUUGAUGAGACAGAAGCAUUGGUGUACUCAGGAUUGUGCACUCAGAUCUUCAGAGAGGAAUUGGGCUUGUAUCAGGGGAAAGUCUUCUGCUUCGUUCAUCUGAGCAUUCAGGAGCAUCUAGCAGCUCUUUAUGUGCUGCUUUCAUUUCUGCUGUACAAGAGGGAUGUGCUUAAUGAAAACCUCAGCUCAAAACAUGCAUGUCACACGAUAUCUGAGCUGCAUCAGAGCGCCGUGGACAUGGCUCUGCAGAGUAGAAAUGGACAUCUGGAUCUUUUCCUGCGGUUCCUUUUGGGUCUCUCACGGGAGUCCAAUCAAAUGCUCCUGAAAGGCCUUCUGACACAUGUUAGAAAAAUCUUGUACAGCAGAGGAAGAACGGUUCAAUACAUAAAAAUGAAAAUUAAAACAAAUCUCUCACCAGAGAAAUCCAUCAAUCUGUUCCACUCUUUAAAUGAACUGGGUGAUAAUUCUCUCAUAAAUGAAAUCCAGGAGUAUGUCAGAUCUGGAAGUCUUUUAAGCACCAGAUUGUCCGCAUCUCAGUGGUCAGCUAUUGUCUUUGUUUUAUUAACCUCAGAGCAUUUGGAUGAGUUCAAGUUAAGGAAAUACAUGAACAUCAGUCAAGACCAAAUCCACAUGUCAUCAGAUGAAGUACUUCAGAAGCUCUUGCCUGUAGUUAAAGCCUCCAGAUCAGCUCAGUUGUUUUAUUGUAAUAUCACAGCUGAAGGUUGUGCCACUCUGGCUUCAGUUCUGAGAUCAAACUCACACCUCAGAGAACUGAGUCUAACUGGAAAUAAAAUAGGAGGUCGAGGUCUGAUGCUUCUCUCUAAUGGACUGAAGGAUCCUCACUGUAAACUGGAGACACUGAAGUUGAGUUAUUGUAAUAUCACAAAUGAAGGUUGUGCUGCUCUGACUUCAGCUCUGAGAUCAAACUCACACCUCAGAGAACUGGAUCUGUCUGGGAGUAAAAUAGGAGGUCGAGGUCUGAUGCUGCUCUCUAAUGGACUGAAGGAUCCUCACUGUAAACUGGAGAAACUGUGGAUGUUUUAUUGUGAUAUCACAGAUGAGGGUUGUGCUGCUCUGGCUUCAGCUCUGAGAUCAAACUCACACCCCAGAGAACUGGAUCUGUCUGGGAAUAUAAUAGGAGAUAAAGGUCUGAUACUGCUCUCUAAUGGACUGAAGGAUCCUCACUGUAAACUGGAGAAACUGACAUUGUUGGAUUGUAAUAUCACAACUGAAGGUUGUGCUGCUCUGGCUUCAGCUCUAAGAUCAAACUCACACCUCAAAGAACUGAGUCUGUCUCAGAAUAAAGUAGGAGAUAAAGGUCUGACUCUGCUCUCUGAUGGACUGAAGGAUCCUCACUGUAAACUGGAGAAACUGCCGUUGUGGGAUUGUAAUAUCACAGAUGAAGGAUGUGCUGCUCUGGCUUCAGCUCUGAGAUCAAACUCACACCUCAGAGAUCUGAAUCUGUCUAAGAAUAAAAUAGGAGGUCCAGGUCUGACACUGCUCUCUGAUGGACUGAAGGAUCCUCAAUGUAAACUGGAGAAACUGUGGUUGAGUUAUUGUGAUAUCACAUCUGAAGGUUGUGCUGCUCUGGCUUCAGCUCUGAGAUCAAACUCACACCUCAGAGAUCUGAAUCUGUCUGGGAAUAAAAUAGGAGGUCCAGGUCUGACACUGCUCUCUGAUGGACUGAAGGAUCCUCACUGUAAACUGGAGAAACUGUGUUUGAGUUAUUGUAAUAUCACAUCUGAAGGUUGUGCUGCUCUGGCUUCAGCUCUGAGAUCAAACUCACACCUCAGAGAUCUGAAUCUGUCUGGGAAUAAAAUAGGAGAUAAAGGUCUGACGCUGCUCUCUGAUGGACUGAAGGAUCCUCACUGUAAACUGGAGAAACUGUGGUUGUUGGAUUGUUAUAUCACAGCUGAAAGUUGUGCCGCUCUGGCUUCAGCUCUGAGAUCAAACUCACACCUCAGAGAACUGGAUCUGUCUGAGAAUAAAAUAGGAGGUCGAGGUCUGAUGGCGCUCUCUGAUGUACUGAAGGAUCCUCACUGUAAACUAGAGAAACUGAGGUUGUUUUAUUGUGAUAUCACAGAUGAAGGUUGUGCUGCUCUGGCUUCAGCUCUGAGAUCAAACUCACACCUCAGAGAACUGGAUCUGACUCAGAAUGAAAUAGAACAUGCAAGUGUGAAGCAUCUCUCUGCUUUAAAAGAUAAUCCACAUUAUAAACUGGAAACACUAUUGUAUUAAAUGAUGGUGAAUAUGGAGCCACUACAGAAUCAUUAUCAACAAAACCGAAGGCACAGUGAUGUUUACUGUACUUUACUGUAUAUAAAUGUACAUGAUAUUUCUAAUAAGAUUGAUUAAGCCUUCCUCUCAUUGAUGUAUUGGUGAUUUUUAUUAUUUAUUUAUUUUUUAUCAUCACCAAUCUCAGUGAAGUGAGCAGCUCAACACAAUCACUACAUUAACAGUACAAUGAACUUCAGAGCAGAGUUUCAUCUGGGUUUUGGGGAACUACAUGUUUUAUAGGGUUUAAUGAUGAUGCUUUUAAUGCCUUUGUCAAAUGUCUUCCUGAGAAUUGAUUGAAGCUCAUCUGAAGAGGAUAUUUGCCAUUUGCCAUCUUUUCUUGUGUUGAAAGGCAAAUGGUUAUGGGUUAUGAUUUAAGGUGCAAAUGUAUCAUGUGAUGAUACAUUUGCACCUUCACAUCACCAUGAGUUAGCCUAUAUCUCUUCAGAAGCAGUGCUACACCAUGGAUAUUUAAAUUUAAUCAGUUAUUUCUUUCAGAAUAAACACAACAUAUUGUGUAAAUUGUAAAUAUGUAAAUUAGGCUAAUUUGAUUGUAUCUUAUACACAAAAGUCAGCAAUAUUUGCUCACCAUAACAGGAUGGCUUCACAGAAUUGUAGAUAUGUUUGUAUAUUAAUAAAACAAAUGGCAGCAAAGUGCAUUAAUCGUGCAUAUUUAAAAAAAAAAAAAUAUAUAUAUAUAUAUAUAUAUAUAUAUUUUAUUAAAUUUGCAAAAAUUACAUUUUUUUUAUGGGGUAUUGUUUGUAGAAUUGUAGAAUUAAUGAAUGUAAUCAAUUUUGGAAUAAGGGCGUAAAAUAACAAAAUGUGUGAAAAAGUGAAGCGCUGUGAAUACUUUCCGGAUACACUGUAUGUCAUUGUCUGUUGUGUUUUCUUCUGGUUGAUGUUCAUAUGAUGUGUUUAUUAGUAUUCACCUUUUAUUAAUGUCAUACUUAUGAAUUUAAUGUUUUAUUAUUUUAAACAUGGUCAUCAGGUGUGUUAGUUUAACAUCAACUGAAAUUAAUCUUCUGUUCCACUGCUUUUAAUCAUCAAAUGUGUAUUAUUAUUAUUUUUUUCCCCCUGGUUGUGAUACUGUCAAAUCUGGUCACCUUUAUUUAUCUAGCUCUUUAUAUAUUACAUUAUUUCAAAACAGCUUCACAGUAAUAAACAAGUGUACUGGAUUUGACAUUGCUUAUCUAAUUAAACAAUAAUGAGACUUUAUUGGCAGUCAAACUGUCCAGCAUCAGUUUUAAAGGUGCCCUAGAAUG